AUGCGAUAUAGUAAGCAAGUUCUUGUUGGCAAUUGGUUAGAUCGUCGCAAUAGCAUUGAUGGUCAGAGUAAUGCCAUUUUGCCCGGCCUAAAAGGACCCCAGGGUUGCGAACAUCAUCGUACUCUGAGUCAGGACACCUACACGGAUGUCGCUUUCACAGGCAAUGCAACUAUACGAGAUUUCGAAGAGCAACGCAUGAUGGCUUUUGAAAACUACCGGAGAGGUACGAGUGCAUCGGUCCAUUUCAUUGAUAAUGAGGCAUUGAAGGAUAACUAUACCACACUGAAUACGCUGAUCUUUGGCGAUCUACUCAAACCGCAUCCCAAGGCUGAAUGCCAGAAUCCUGCUGCUACUGCGGGCCACAACAUGGUAAAACGACAGUCUGGAAAACACAAACGGGAAAUCGAUCUAAUGCAGAGUUUUGGCAAUCAGGCCAGGGUACAAAACAUUGCCAAACAAAUACGAUACCAGGAAUUACACGAAAAAAUCAAUAGCAUGCAAACCACAUAUUCAUCGUCCUACAAUCGUGUCCGCAAGAAUGAUACAGUAUUCGAAUUCGGACCCGACUACGAUGGCGUUGUAAAGUUCGAUAUCGUGUGUUAG